GAUCUGGAGGGGCCAGGCCUGGCCGGGGCUCCCUGAGGGAGACCCGGAACAGCCCCGAGAGGGGCGCGGGCUCGUCCAGAGACCAGAGUUUGGGUGGGGAGUUAGACCCUUAGAAAUUCAAGCCAGGAUUUGGGGAAGGAGUGGGCGGGGGAUCCCCCUACUCCCUUCCCCCAUUCCCCGCCCUUGCCCCCAGAGGGGCAGGCGGGGAAGCUUGAGGGGAGGCGGCCCCGCGGGGUCAGAGGAGGCCCCCAUUUCUGAGGUUCAGGCCGAGGCUCUGAGUGGGGGUCCCCGACAGGGGGGCGUGCAGGGUUAAGCAUGGCUACCCGGCGUUUAACCGACGCUUUCUUGUUGUUGCGGAACAAUUCCAUCCAAAACCGGCAGCUGUUAGCCGAGCAAGUGAGUAGUUACACCUCCUCCACCUCCAGCCCUCUGCAUUCACGUAGCGUUGCUGCGGUGAGUCUCCUGCCGCUUGCUGAUGAUCGCAUGGCACUGGUGUCAGGCAUCAGCUUAGAUCCAGAAGCAGCAAUUGGUGUGACAAAACGGUUACCUCCCAAAUGGGUUGAUGGAGUAGAUGAAAUACAAUAUGAUGUUGGCAGAAUUAAACAGAAGAUGAAAGAAUUGGCCAGUCUUCAUGAUAAACAUUUAAACAGACCUACGUUGGAUGAUAGCAGUGAAGAAGAACAUGCCAUUGAAAUAACCACACAAGAGAUCACACAGCUCUUUCAUAGAUGUCAGAGAGCAGUACAGUCCUUGCAGAGCAGAGCACGAAACUGUACUGAACAGGAAGAGCGAGUCCUUCGAAAUGUAGUAUCCUCUUUAGCUCAAUCUCUUCAGGAAUCAUCCACUAAUUUUAGACAUGCACAGUCUGACUAUCUCAAACGCAUGAAGAAUCGAGAGGAAAGAUCCCAACAUUUUUUUGACACAUCAGUACCACUUAUGGAUGAUGGAGAGGAUAACACUCUUUAUGACCGGGGUUUUACAGAUGACCAGUUAGUGUUGGUAGAACAAAAUACACUAAUGGUUGAAGAGCGGGAACGAGAAAUUCGCCAGAUUGUACAGUCUAUUUCUGACCUAAAUGAAAUAUUUAGGGACUUAGGAGCAAUGAUUGUAGAACAAGGGACAGUCCUUGAUAGAAUUGACUAUAAUGUUGAACAAUCCUGUAUCAAAACUGAAGAUGGUUUGAAACAGCUUCAAAAGGCAGAGCAGUAUCAAAAGAAGAAUCGGAAGAUGCUCGUUAUUUUAAUUUUAUUUGUAAUAGUUAUUGUCCUUAUUGUUGUACUGGUUGGUGUAAAGUCACAUUAGGUAAUUGUGUGUGAGUAUAUGUGUGUAUGUAUGUGUGAAUGAGUGUUCUUUUCUUUCUGAAAGCUGCCUUUGAAUGUAUAACCCUCAGUGGUACAAGUCUGUGCAAUGUUUCCCCAUAAAUUCUUUUUCAUAAAUCAUGUUUCAGUGAUAGGAAUGGUUUGGUUUUUUAACAGAGAGAAUUUCAAGUCAAAUGAUGAUGUUACCAAAUAGAAAUCAAAUUCUCUAUCCAGACAUUCGCAGUAUUUUUUUUUUACUAGAAUAUAUGAGGAGUUGAGAGUUUACAAGCACAUGCAAAAGCUGUUAUUAUAUAUAUAUAUAUUUGCUCUUUUUAGCAGUCAAAUGUCCAAGUUGCAUGUUGAAAAUACAUUUUGCAAUUGGGGUUUGGGGAUUUUGAUUUUUUUAAAACCAUGUAUUUUUAAGUGAUUUGGAACCAAAAAGUGUGGUUGGGGGUCAAAUGCCUUAAACAAUGGAUUCUAAGUAUUAACAUCCUUAUUUCCCGCCACGGAUUUUCCAUAUUGAAAUAAAUUGAGAAGGUCUUUGAAAUUUUAGAAUUUAUUCCCCUUUAAUGUAAUUUAAUUCAUUGCUAAUGAUCAGAUUAAUAAAAUUUGGAUACUAAGAAACAA